UCCUUGAAACCUAACGCAUGCGCAGAGAUUGCCUUUUCUCUGAGAUUCCCACUUUUUCAAUAAUCAUGGAAAAUUAUGUCAAUCAGUUGUUAAAGGAUGCCGAUUUGGCGGUUGUAACAAAGAAGCAUGUGAGGAUGAAAUAUAAAGAGCAUAUAGGGAGAGAACUGAAUCAUGAGGAGAAAUCAAAGAUCAAUGACAUGGUGUAUGCUUUUGUGAAAGAACUUUCAGCUGCAUCUAAUCAGAUAAGUAGUGAGCCAGAACCCACAGAGAAGACCCCAAUUUCUAACGAGGAAUCCCCUGGAAACAAGGAAAAUAAGCAAACCAAUCAUAAAGCCAAUACUUUUAUCAUUAAAG